AUGGCCGACUUUGAAGAUAGCGACUACGACGAGGAGUUCGACGAGGACUACUAUGAGGACUUACCUGCAACCAGGCAACAAUGCCUAGAACAGAUAUCUCAUCUGGAAGAAGACAUCCAGGAAAAUAAUACCAAUAAGAGAAACCUGCUGAAAGAAAUCGAAACUCAACCCGGACCUGCUACCGAAGAUCAGGACGAGCUGCUAUGGUUCAUUGAGGACGCUGGAAGACGGAUGGAUGAGCACAUGGAGAAUCUCAAGAGACUUCUGAGCAAAGAUGAGUGGCAGGGAGAGAAAGAGAAAUAG